ACUGACCUGGAUUGAAGAGAGUCUCUUCAGUCAGCUGAGAGGAGAAGACAGCACCGAAGACACCAGCCGCACACUGGGAUCGGUGAUGAGAGCUCAUUAGCAGACCAAUCCUCUGCUUCUUCUCUGAUCGCUGGAUCAGAUGGAGUCGGGACCGGGAGGCCGUGGCUGCGUGUCAGCGCUGCGCUGGAGGAAGAGCCCCGGCCUGCUGGAGCAACUCUGGUGAUCAGAGCAUCCUCUGCUGCCCGGAGUGUUGGAGAAAAGACACCAACUUGAUUUAAAAAUCUUCAGCCUCUCCAUGGAGCCGGAGGGCGCAGGGUAGGGGGGCAGCAGGGGCCUCCGGAGACACCAGAGCUUCACAACUCAAGUGUAACUCCACUAAAGCUAAUGGAUUUGAAGAGAGUGCUGUCCUUCCCACCAUACCCCGGGGAUUACCUGCAUCCAGUGGUGUAUGCCUGCACAGCAGUCAUGCUGCUCUGUCUGCUCGUCUCCAUCGUGACCUAUAUUGUCCACCAUAGUGUCAUCCGCAUCAGCAGGAAUGGCUGGCACACACUCCUCAACUUCCUCUUUCACACGGGGCUGACAUUUGGAGUUUUUGCCGGGGGCAUCAAUCAGAUCAACUUACCUUUUGUGUGUCAAAUUGUUGGCAUUGUGCUCCACUAUGCUUCUUUGUCUACCAUGCUGUGGCUGAUGUUUACUGCCAGAAACAUCUGUAAAGAUGUGUCUAAAGACCCUCUUCGGGCCCCGAACAGGAACGGGCCGGCCCAGACUCGCAGCAACACACCAACCAUCCUCAGAUUUUAUCUUGUAAGUAAUGGAAUCCCUCUUAUAAUUGUUGGAGUUACGGCAGCGUUUGGUAUGGAGAACUAUGGCAGCAGGGACGAUGCUUUGUACUGCUGGAUGGCAUGGGAACCAAGCUUGGGAGGUUUCUAUGCCCCCAUGAGUCUUCUGGUCUUAGUCAUGUCCGUGUACUUUCUGUGCACCUACAUCCAGCUUAAACGCCACCCAGAGAAGAAGUAUGAGCUGCGAGUUCUGAGUGAGGAGCAGCAGCAGUUAUCAUCCAGUGAGUCAAACCAUCACUGCCACACUGACACUGGGGGAGUUUCUGGGCCUGCUGGGGAUUGUCCACAAUUUGCAACUGGCGUCUCAGUGCUGGCCAAUGAGCACUCGUUUAAAUCUCAGCUCCGGGCCACGGCCUUCACCCUCUUCUUGUUCCUGGCUACCUGGGCUUUGGGAGCGUUGGCGGUAUCACUGGGACAUUUCCUGGAUAUGAUAUUCAGCUGCUUGUAUGGGGCUUUUUGUGUCACUCUGGGACUCUUCCUUCUCAUCCAGCACUGUGCCAAACGUGAUGAUGUGUGGCACCGCUGGUGGGCUUGUUGCCCGUCCAAGUCCAAGUCAGAGGACGGGAAUGGGGACGGACAGAUCCAGAGGCAGGAGCUCCACCAGCCACACUGCCAUCUGAGCUCACCGUGCUCAGGCAAGCAGCCUCUACUCUCUCCUCACCUUGUGCAGAGUUCUUACCACAAAAUGACACCACCUUCCCAAAGCCCCACACCCAAUCACACGGGUCCAUGCUGUGUGGCCGUGAUGAGUCCCGUCAACCCAACCCCCAUCUCCCCUCUGGCUGAGCCUCUGCCGUCACCUCGUCCACAGCUGCUUUCUGAUGAGCUCCCUCGUCCUGCUCUGCCUCUCCAAAGCUGCCUUAACGACAGAACCAAGUCACGCUCCUUCAACCGCCCACGCCCAUGCCUCCAGGACUACCGCUCCCACAUGACUUCCACUAGCAUGGAUGGAAGUGUGCACAGCUCCCACCUGGACAGCCCACACGUGAGCCACCUUGAAGGCUCACCACUGGUUUCCAGCAGCCCACACCCAGACCUCCAGCUGCCCUGCCCCAGUCCUCACUUGGAUAAGCAACUGGCUUCCUGUCAAAGCUUGCAACGCCAGAACUCCUGCCAUAGUGUACAAGACUCAAUGGCUUCCUGUCACAGCCAUGCACACAACAUGCAUGACAGCAUUACUUCCUGUCACAGCCUCCUCCUGCCUUCCCAUGGGGUCCACACCUGUCAGUGGCACAUGUACAGCUCAGCCGAUCACCCUUCCACUACAAGCUGCUGUGAGAAACCCGAUCCCUUCACCUUGCAAUACCAGCAAGACCUCGACCCAUACAGCUGCAUGUCAAAGACAACAGAUAAAGAAAAGGAUAUCCUCUGCGUAGAAGUGGAGCAGAAAGGUUUCCCAAGGAAUACUCUGCCUCGGCAGCAUGGCGCUGUGGGCCGGAGAGGUACCAUCGGCCGGAACAGGAGCCUGCAGGAGGACAGCCUGUUUGGCUCAGAUGCCACAGGAAACAUACGGACUGGCCCUUGGAGGAAUGAAACAACUGUAUAGUGUUCUUAUACUUGUACCUGUACUUGCCAGACCUUCCAGCAGCCCUGUAAUCAAAUUACUUCGUAAGUGUUUGGGUCUCAAUGCCUUUAGGUUUGCCCUUAAACCACAGGUUGAGUUUUCAGCGAGGCCUCGUAUCCUGAUGAUAUUUCAGAACCCUUUAUAACAAAGUUAUCUUUAAGUGUGUUACUUAUCGGUUUUAUAAGGAAUUCAAACACAAGAGAUGUUAAAUUAAUGUUGAUAUUAUAUUGAUUCUGCUCCAUGCAGUUUAAAGUUGCAAUCAGUACUGUAUGGCUCAUUAGCUAGCACAGCAAGAAGGCCCUGAAGCUCAAAGUCAACGAGUAUAAAAGUUGACCGUGGCUCAUAAAUACUACAUUGACCUGCAGUCAUUAACAAGAAGCUAUACUGUGCAAUCAGCUCUACUGACAUUUAAAAUGGUAGAUACAACAAAUAUUCAAGUACUUCCCCAAAGCAGCUGUUACCAAUUAAAUAAGCUGCAAAUGUGUAUUUGUACUUGUAUAAUGAGCCAUAUUUUGGCAGAAUAACUCUAUAGUAUAUAUAAAAAAUGGCUGUUGAGGAUUACACACCCUGCUUUUGAAAUGUGUCUUAUGUCUAUUGAAAGGAUUGAGCCAUGACUGAGCCGUGUCUGAGCUGGAGCACAGCUGGAGCACAGCUGGAUGCUGAGUAUAUUCGGCUUAAAACAUGUUUGUUUAAGGGAUAGUUUGGAAUCCAGGACAUUAAGUUGUAUGAAAUACUUGCCACUAGUGUAGUGGAUGCAAAGCUAUUAUCUUACUUUCCAAGCUCCGGUGUCUGGAGUUCUGGUCGGUUCCGAUCGUAGAACAGAUAGCUCUCUCUCGUAUUGAGACUAUCUCAGAGAACCAUGGUUACACUGUAACCAUCAGUUCCGGUAAGCUGGCAGGGCCACGAAACUACAAGGUUUUACUCCACAAAACUAUGUGUACACUAAAAGGUCAACAAUUCCACCACAAAACAAUGGUCCUCGUGCAGUAAAUACCAUGACAGCCAACUGCAGCCAGCCUGUACCAUGAACCGCCUGCAGCCGUUGUAUUUACUGGCUUUUCCAAGAAACAAAAUAGUGCCAAGUGAAGUUGGUUUCUGAUAUGUAUGAUGAC